AUGGCGAAUACGGCCCCGCCCCGAAGUGUGCGCCCGGGUGAUUUCUUGGUGGUUGUCCAUGAUUUUGAGGCCCGCGGCACCGACGAGCUGACCCUUCGUCGAGGUGAUAAGGUUCAGCUGGUAGAGCUGGAUGAAGGGUUUGGGGAUGGCUGGUAUCUUGGAAAAGACAUCAAGACGGGGGCGACAGGGCUGUUCCCGGGAGUGUACACUGCGGUAACUCCUAAGAUCCCUGUCCGGCAGCAGAUCCAACCGCUUGUCUCGUCUAGCCCCGAGUCGCGAGAAGAAGACGAGGAGGAGCAGGCCGCCGAGAGCCUCACGGACAGAGACGCCCCUGUCAUGUCGCCGAUCAGUGAAGAUGGCACACCGCAUGCCUCCCGCCACGUGAGCGCCUCUGAUAUGCAGCUCCCGGCCACGACGGCGAAUCCCGCCGCAGCGACGCCGUCGCCGAAACAGCCGCAGAGAUCCAGCUCCUCGCCGCUGCCGGCCAAGUCGCUGGCGGCCGAUAUCCAACAGACGAUCAGACAGUCGAUCGAUAGCCAGAUGAACGGCGAGGACAGCCCUGUCAUGAACGAGACGCUGAGCGUCAUCGACGAACAUAUCACCAACCUCAGCACCCCUCGCCACAGCAUCGCUACCCAGGACCUGAAACCGGUCAAUGAUUCCGCCAGCGAGUACAGCAGCCACAUAAGUCACCGCCUCUCCUAUAUCAAUGGCCACGAGACAGAGGAGGAAGAGGAAAAUCAGCCGACGGAAGAGACGGUCCGCAAUUGGAGUCAGGCCGAAACCGCCAAACAACUGCGGAGCUGGGGCAUCGAACCCAAGCACUGCGACAUCUUCGAGGAACAGGAGAUCACCGGCGAUGUGCUCCUCGACAUGGACCAGGAUUUCAUCUUCAUGAAGGAGUUCGACUUUGGAGUCAUGGGCCGCAGGCUAAAAACCUGGCACCGCAUCAAGGCCUUCCAGGAAGAGAUCAAAGGGCUCAAGACCCCGCCGCCGCGCGGAUCGAUUGCGGGCUUGCCGGGCGCCGCGGCCUUCCCUUCGGACGAGCGUGCAGCCAGCCGCGCCGGUCACACCGGUCCUCUAUUCCCGCGGAUCCCAAGCCUGUCAGAGAAGUCCCCGUCAAGCUACCACCAACACCGGACGUCAAGUAUCUCGAUCCAGCAUCCUCGGCUCGUCAGCUCGACGAUGACCAGCAGCAGUAGCAACAACAACACGGCCGCUAGCUCCCCGAUGACUCCGCAGACUCCAUCCUAUGGUCGGGACUCACUACGGCGACCGUCAGCCGCCUCCAUCCGGGAGAUCAACCACUCCCGCCGCCAUUCCUCUAUUGACGCUACGGGUCGAUCCCCCUUGCUCACGGAUACGCCAUCGACAACCCAUCGCAAGAAGCCGUCGUUUGAUCGGAAUUGGACCAUGUCGGCCGGUGCUCAGGGGCUGCCGCCUCGUCCUGGAACCUCUUCGGGGGCAACGGCAGAUGGCAUGCUUCCUCAGCAUAUCUUUCGGGGUGCUGCUGAGACCAACGGGGCGGCAGCAGAUUCCGCCGUGACUGCUGGUGACCGGUACGACGAACUGGACCGGGGCUAUUUCUCAGGUACCGAGGUCGACAGUCGGAGAAGCCGACGGCUGCUGCAGAAGCGCACCAGUACCAAUGGAAGCCUAGGCCACUCGCAAAAACCCAGCUAUACGGAUGACCAGGGGCGCGCUAACCUACGCCACUCGCGCAUCGGCAGCGCCGAAUCGAUCCGAGACCAGGUGAAACCCAUCUCUGCCGCUGCCACCAUCUAUCACAAAGAUGCUCCUCCCAAGGGUCGGUUCCGAAGCCUCAGCACGCGUCUUGUCGAACGAUCGUCAGGUCAGCAGCCAUCCCAGUCCUCUACAUUCACCAACCCCGAGGAGAAGAGCUCCGGCGGCCUGAGUUUUCUGGCCUCGCUUGCCCCCCUUGUUGGGAAGACGGACCCAGAGAUGCCUGCUCGCUCCAACACCACGGCUCCGUUGCAGGUGAACAAGGGCGCGGGUCCGAGAUUCCGACGCACCAUCGGUCUGCGGAAUAUUUCAGACGUGAUCGGAAAGGGAACCCCAACCAACAGCGACAGCGCUGCGACCCCCGCCUCGCCCAGCAAAGACCAGGAUCCUUCUUCCUCUCGGGCCGGAUCGACCACCCCCUCUGGAACCUCGUUCAGGAGCUCCGAGCGUCUCAGCACCGAUGGCUCAAAUAAAGCCACCACUACCGAUAGCAGUGUGACCGCUCUUCCACGCCCGAGAACCUCUGUCAAAGGCGGGGUCAAAUCCAAGAAGGACACGAGCGCCUACACGCGGGGGUUGGAGAAGAAGACCCCACAGGAACAGAUCGAGGGAUGCGACUACUAUGGGUGGAUGAAGAAGCGGUCUUCGAACCUCAUGACCACCUGGAAGCCGCGUCUCUUCGUUCUCCGGGGCCGCCGGCUAUCUUAUUACUAUUCCGAGAACGACACAGAGGAACGCGGCCUGAUCGAUAUCACUGCACAUCGCGUCCUGCGCGCGGAUAACGACCCGAUCAUUCAGCUGCACGCGACGCUCACGGGAGCGACCUCGUCCCCGACCUCGCCACCCAAUGCGAGCAGCCCAGAUGCCACAUCGUCGUCGCCCACGGCGGCUUCCACCUCAUCCAAGACCAAGGCCUUGGGUGCCGAGUCCCCCUUCUUUUUCAAGCUGGUGCCCCCCAAGAGCGGGUCGUCACGCACGGUGCAGUUCACCAAGCCCGCCAUCCAUUACUUCCAGGUCGACAACGUGCAGCAGGGCCGCCUGUGGAUGGCGGCGCUGAUGAAAGCAACCAUCGAGCGCGACCUAACCCUCCCCGUCGAGACGACGAACAAACAAAAGACCAUCAGCCUCAAGCAGGCUCGGUUGAUGAACCAGCGGCCCCCAGCGCUCAUGACGACCCUCGGCCAGGAGCCGCCCGCCGCCGCCGCCGCCGCCUCCAGCAGCAGCACCAAGAGCCCCCUCCAGGACGAAGACCACCAUGGCCUGAUGAUCCAGGGCCUCAACCUGGACAAAUCGUCACCGGCUGAGGACGAUUUCAUCUCCUCGCCCGUCUUUGGCUCGCUCGACACAGGGCCCAUCUCGUUGCUCCCUGACUCGCCCGCCGAACUACUAGUCCUCGCGGAUCCCCAGUUGGAGGGCGACAGCUCGCUGCCGAGCGCGGAGGAUGAGCUCCUCCCGCGUCUAGGAGCGCGGUGGACGACAGUCAGGGAGUCUAUUGAGACACAAGAUGAUAAGGAGAAGAAGAGAGAUGUCUUUCGCCAGGGAACUAGCAUCUUUUCUACGAUUUCUAACGAGCUGCGCCUGUUCGUCACGGAGGACCUGCCUCGCUCGCUGGGUGCGACGCGCAAACGUAUCGAUCUGUGGGGUAACGAUCACUACCUCGCUCACAUCUACCGCACGUUACACUGGUGGACGCAGCCGACGCAUGUGACCGUUCUGGGCGAUUUGAUCGGCAGUCAGUGGGUGACGGACGAGGAGUUUGACCGGCGCAGUGGGCGAUACUGGAACCGGGUGUUUCGCGGGGGGGUCAGAGUGAGCGAUGAGAUUACCUCUCAUGCCGGUGUGGACGUGGACCAUACAGGAUGGUCGAACAGGAUCAUCAACGUCGCGGGGAAUCAUGAUAUCGGGUACUCCGGGGACGUGAGCCAGGCGCGGCUCGACCGUUUCGAGCGAGCGUUUGGCCGUGCGGACUGGGACGUGCGGUUCUCUUACGAAAUCGAGAACAACGAUACCGAUACUGAUGCUGAUCCUGAUACUCGCUCGACAACUACCCUUACGCCCACCAUCCACUUGAUCAAUCUCAACUCGUUGACUCUCGAUUCCCCCCCGUUCUCGGAAGACAUCCAGGGCCAAGGAUACGCUUACCUCAACGAUGUGAUCUCCCACCGCAGCUACCCGGUCGAGGACCGGACGACCUUCACCCUGUUGCUCACACAUCUACCCCUGCACAAGGCCGACGGGAUCUGUACGGAUGGACCGCUUUUCACUUUCCACGACCACGACGACGAGGACGGCCCGGACGGCAUCCCGCGCUUCAAAGCCGACGGCCUGAAAGAACAGAACCACCUCAGCGACCAUGUCAGCUUCGUCGGCGUUCUGCAGGGCAUCUUCGGCAUGAGUGGUGACGAGCAGGUUCCCGGACAUGGCCGCGGGCGCAACGGUCUGAUCCUAACGGGCCACGACCACACAGGGUGUGACGUCGUGCAUUAUGUGAAUCGGACGGGAAACAACCCUGAUGGCGAUGCCGACAGUGAUCAGCCGUCGUGGUCCUGGGCUGCUAAACGGUUUGGCCCGUCCGCUUCCUCCCACCAGGAUAUGCCGAACACGCCGUCUAUCCGCGAAGUGACGCUUCGGUCCAUGAUGGGGGAGUUUGGCGGCAACGCUGGCCUGCUCUCCGUCUGGUUUGAUACCGACCCGGCUGUGCGCGAGUGGCGGUACGAGAUCGUCAUGUGUCCUGUCGGGGUGCAGCAUAUCUGGUGGGCUGUUCAUAUCGGCGCAGUCCUCACUCUGGGGGUGAUGGCGGCAUGGGCUGUAAGUUUUCUACAUAACAAUCUAGAUUGGUUGUCUACGUAG